AUGACUCUCUACAGCGCAACGUACCACCAGGACAAGGAGGCCCGUCGCAUGGCGGCGCUCGAAGCCCAACUCCGCAUCUCGCACCCGUUCCGCCGCCCCGCCACCACCAAGUCGGCGGCCAAGUCCACGCCCAAGCCAGCUACACGCUCCACUACUGCCACUGCGGUGCGCUCUGCACCUCGCACCAGCAACACGCCGAUCGCGCGUCCUGCAUCGGAUUUGGCACGCGACCACAAGAUGGAGAUCGACCGUUUGCAAGCCGAGCACCAAGCUACUUUGGCUGCCAUGACCGAGAAGCUCCAUGCUGCCCACGACCACGUGCUGGAGCUUGCGCACCGCGUCCUUCGGCGCGACGACACGAUCGCUGCGCUCCGCGAAAAGCUCGAGCGCCGCGUUGCACGCAAGGAGGCUGAAGUGCAACACCUCAAAAUGCACUUGGUUGACGCCAACGCCGUUAUUGCCGAAAACAAGACUACGAUUGCGGAGCUCAACGAGCAACUCAUCAAGACCGAGACGGUCCUCGCCGACACGGUCGCUCAAAAGGACGGCACGAUCGCGCAGCUCUCGGAGCAAGUGACGAGCCUGAAGGCCCAAGCAGCAGGAACCUCCAACGACGCGCUGGGCGCUGCCAACGAGCGCGCGAUCCAGCUCGCACACCGCGUCCUUCGGCGCGACGAUACGAUCACUGCGUUGCGGGAGAAGAUGGAGCGCCGCCUUGCACGCAAGGAGGCCCAGGUGCAGCACAUCAAGAUGCACUUGGUCGACGCCGACGCCACCAUUGCCAAGAACAAGACGACGAUUUCGGAGCUCCAAACAUGGGUCAAGAGCCUCGAGACCCAGAUUCACGCCGCCAUCGCCUCCAACGACUCGCUUCUCGCGACUCUGCAGCAGCCAACUCGAGCUUCUUUGUGGUCGAAUGGACCGCCGCACUCGACAGACGACUUGGACUCGCUCGCCUCGUCCGAGAUGGAGCCACUUGCAGAGCCAUCGUCUUGCGUUUCACCGACUUACCCCAUCAACAGCGUCCGCCAACUCGUCAACGCCACCUCCAACUACAACAGCCAGGGCGAGGCAACGUGCCAGACGCAUUGGAUAUACAACAACUAG